AUGGAGCCGGCCCGGGAGCCCCCCGCGCGCACCCGGCCGCCGCCGCCUCCCGCCGUUCGCCCUGCGCCAGCCCCUGCCGCCCCCAGGCCGCGCUCGCCCGCCGAGGCGGAGGGCCGCGGUCCAGAGGGGCUGCUGCGGCGAUCGGGGUCGGGCUAUGAGGGCAGCACCAGCUGGAAAGCGGCCUUGGAGGACACCACCACACGUCUCCUGCUGGGGGCCAUCGCAGUGCUUCUGUUCGCCAUCCUGGUGGUGAUGAGCAUCUUGGCCUCCAAGGGCUGCAUCAAGUGCGAAGCGCCCUGCCCAGAGGACUGGCUGCUAUACGGAAGGAAAUGCUACUUCUUCUCAGAGGAACCGAGAGACUGGAACACGGGCCGGCAGUACUGCCACAGCCACGAGGCGGCACUUGCUGUGAUCCAGAGUCAGAAAGAGCUGGAAUUCAUGUUCAAGUUCACACGGAGGGAGCCCUGGAUUGGCCUGCGCAGAGUGGGGGACGAAUUCCACUGGGUCAACGGGGACCCGUUUGACCCGGACACGUUCCCCAUCGCGGGCCCGGGGGAGUGCGUCUUCGUGGAGCCCACCAGGCUGGUGUCGACAGACUGCCUGAUGACCCGGCCCUGGGUGUGCAGCAAGAUGGCCUACACAUGAGGUCCAGCUCGCGCUCCCUGGGACUGCUUCCGGGUCGGCAGCCGCCCGCGGUGACCACGCCCUCCCCCAACACCUGCGACACCAAAAACUGAGCCUCUCACGUGGCCGAGUGUGGAACUUCUCAUAUGUGACGCAUCUCUUCACUCAUCUGACCGCUCUUGUCUGAUUACAAGCCUCUGAGUAGCAGGGAUUAUGUGCUGCUGGCUCUUUGUAGCACACGUAACAUAUGCUCAAAAAAAUUGUUAGUGGUGACAAUGAGAUUGCUGGCGAGUGUCAUCUCUUCACCCGUUGCCAUUGGGGCAGACAGCAGUGGCCGGCUGUCUGUCAGAGACUUGUCUUUUAGGCUUUGGUGGGCGUGCCAUGAUUUUAGAGAUCCGGCCAAGAUGAGAUCUUUAAUUUGUUUUGCUUCAGUUAAGUGAGCUCACUCACAUUCCUUAAGCAAGUACAUACUGGGUGGCCUGAGUGGGGGUGUCCUGGAGCACGUGAGCCAGAGGGAGAAGUCCCUCCACUUCUAAGAUGUUCUUUGCAUCAUUCACAGAGGACCAAGAGACCAGACCCAGGGAGGGCUUCCAGCAGUGACUGGGCUUGGCUGCCGAAGAUUCCUGUGAUCUCCAGGAUAAUUAUGCUAAUGUCGCUCUGUUCUGUGUGUGAAAGACCACUUGGUUUUCAGAAAUGUCCACUGUCAGCUGUGUACUUACACCAGGAGGGGGUGAAGAACUUCAAACUGGGAGCAAGGAGGAGGUUCACACAGGGGGGCAUCCGGCAAACUUCCUGCCAUACCCAUCAGAGAUACGCUCUCAGCCUGGAGGGGACGUGCUUCCUCUUGGCUCUGGAGAUCUGCUGGAGUCUAGUAUGGGACUGUCUCUACCGAUGAGCAGCUCAGACUGCUGUGCUCAACCUCCCAGACCCCAGGCUUUACUUCUAAUAAAGUAGAAAUUGUGCCUGCCUGGCCUACCUCACAGGAUUAUGAGAACCGUAGAUGUUAGAAUUUCAGGGAUAAAAAAUGAUCGACCCUAUUCUCACUAUCCAUGAGGCCCAGAGAGGGUUAAAUAACAUGUCCAAGGUCGCGCAUCUAGUGGCAGAGCUAGACUUCAGGUCUGUGGCUCCCCUCUUGCUUGUUGAUCCUCUUAUUGCACACAUCAUGCUUUAUUUGUUCCCUUGUUCACCAUAGACGCAGAAGUGUAAGCCCCUAGAGGGUGGGGAUUCACUCUCAUGCUCCUUUGUUUCUCUAGAGCCUGGUGCAUACUAAAGGAGCCCAAUAAAUGUGCUGAACUGAUCUUGACUCCUAGUUGACAUGCUUCUUCCCUCUAUACUAUGCCACCUCUGAUCUCGGAAAUCUGCACUGCUAGUCCAGCUGCCCACAGAAAGUAUGAAAACUUGCAGAUGUUUUAGAGAAAGAGAUAAGAUGCUCGACCACCUUGCAAUGUCGAUUAGCAUC